CUUCUCUAUUUCUCUCCCUGAGCAUACACUCUCUUCUCUUCUCUGCAAAUUUUCUCCGCAACGUGCAGGCCGGAGACAUUAGAAAAUGGUGUCGAAGGUUUUGAAGAAGACCCCAACGAAGUCUCUCAGGGCGCACAAGAACCAUCUCCGACGAGGCCGCAAAAGGUCUCCGAUCAAGAAUCCGGCCACAGCCACAGUCACAUCCGUGGUGGUUGCCUCCAUCAACAGGUCUUUCUACACCUGCCGUGGCCGCCUCGUCAAGAUCUUCUCCAAACUCACCUGCAUUUCCGGUACCCCAAAGAGAACCCCAAGAAAAAGAGGCUAUAAAGUCCUGGAGAAAGUCCCCGAUCUCCGGCGGUCUCUGUUCGAUGAAGAAAACCCCCUCCCCCCCUCUCACUCCCCUGAGAAAAGAACCAUCUUUCUUGACUUGGACGAAACUCUGAUCCAUUCCAACACCAACCUCCCACCGGAAAAGUACGAUUUCGUGGUACGCCCGGUGCUGGACGGCGACCGCGUGGAGUUCUACGUGUUGAAGAGACCCUUCGUGGAUGAAUUUCUCGAAUCGUUGAGCAAGAAAUUCGAGAUUGUGGUGUUCACAGCAGGGAUAAAGGAGUAUGCCUCUCUGGUUCUGGAUAGGCUGGACAGGAAGGGCUUGAUUUCACACAGGCUAUACAGAGAUUCUUGCAAGGAACUGGAUGGGAAGUUUGUGAAGGAUUUGUCUGGAUUGGGGAGGGAUAUGAAGAGGGUCGUGAUUGUAGACGACAACCCGAACUCAUAUGCUUUACAGCCCCAAAACGCAAUUCCUAUUCGCCCAUUUACUAAUGAUCUCGGGGAUGGCGAGUUGAAGAGGUUGAUGGAGUUCUUUGAUGGGUGCGACGGUGUUGAAGACAUGAGAGUUUGUGUCCAGCACUUUUUGGCAGAAGAUAAUCACAACCUGGACAAGGGGCUGGUGGUGGAAGUUUGAUUUCCAUUUCAGAUUUUGUAUUUUUGUCUUUGUUUUAUUCAUUCUUCCACUUCAUUAUAUUGUUGGUUGAAUGCGAUUUCAUUCAAUCUAAAAGAAAGGGAAAGUACAUGAAGAAUUGUUCUUGCCAUUUGCAAACUGAAUGGGUAGCUCUAAGUUACUGACACACUAUCACUUAUACUCAAGUGUUUAUGAAUAUCAAGCAAGUGAAGAUUAACGG